CGACGGGCGUGUGAUGCGUGCGUAGUCAGAUAUUACGAGAAUGGAGUCCGCCGUGGACUCAGCGUCGACAGCGAGCGAGGUGAGCGGAUCCUCCGGGGGCUCGCCGAGGGUGAAGGCGGCGUCGCCGGCCCGAGCGCUCAGCCCGCCGCAGCUGCUGGCGCCGAGGCUGCCUCUGCCACCGCCGGGGCUGGGGCUGCUGGGCUCGCUGCAGAUGAUGCACCACUCGCCGCUAGAGCUGAUGGCGGCGGCGCACCAUCACGGCCCGCCGCGGUACGGCAGCCCGCCGCCCAUCUCCACAUCGGACCCCUCGGCCAACGAGUGCAAGCUGGUCGAUUACCGCGGGCAGAAGGUCGCCGCGUUCAUAAUCCAGGGCGACACGAUGCUGUGUCUGCCCCAAGCGUUCGAACUCUUCCUGAAACACUUGGUCGGCGGACUGCACACAGUGUACACAAAGCUAAAAAGACUGGACAUAGUGCCGCUGGUGUGCAAUGUGGAACAGGUGCGAAUCCUGCGCGGGCUGGGCGCCAUCCAGCCUGGCGUCAACCGGUGCAAGUUGCUCUCCUGCAAGGACUUCGACGUGCUGUACAGGGACUGCACCACAGCAAGGUGCCUGUCAAUGAAAGCGCCAGACAGGUACUUCUCAAGCUCCAGACCGGGCCGACCACCGAAGCGCGCGUCCGGGGUGGGCCUCUCACUAGCCGCUACGCAGUUCCCCGGACACCCUUUCAAGAAGCACCGACUCGAGAAUGGGGACUACUCGCCGUAUGAAAAUGGACAUAUGAGCGAAAUGGCUCGAAUGGAGAAGUCCCCUCUUCUCGCGAAUGGUUACAACGCGCCCCCUACACACUUAGGACCAAUGGGUUUUAUGCACCAGCAUGCACUGAUGUCACCUGGAAUGCCCCAUCCUGGGGUGCCUCGGCCCGACGGGUCCAUCAUCAAAGGACAGCCUAUGCAUAACAUGGAAGCGCUCGCAAGAUCUGGUAUAUGGGAGAACUGUAGAGCAGCAUACGAGGACAUCGUAAAACAUCUUGAAAGACUGCGCGAUGAAAGAGGAGAUAUGGAACGAGUGAUGGCAAUGGAUAAAGCUCGCGAGGGAUCACAUAAUGAUCGUAACAUCAAGGACAGUGAAAAUUAUACCUGGGGACACAAUUUCAAUUUCAUAUGCGCUGGCAGAAUAGGUUCAUCCCCUGGUCACAGUCCUGUGCUCAAUUUAUCGAAGUCGGGGUCUGGCGAUCGUGACCGGUCUGAUCGGGGUGACCGGGAUCGCGGCGACCGAGGCGAAGGUUCUGCCAGCGGUCGAAGCUCUGCCGCAUCCCGGCGUACCCCUCAACCUCCCAGGCUUCCGUCAGCUGCCACGGCAGCCGCUUCGCCGAGAUCACAUACUGAUGAGAGCGACGCGGCGCUCUCUGAUCAAGAAGACCACAAUGUUAAAGAUGAAGAUGACGGUGCAGAUCUCAGCGAUGGUGAACGCGAGCUACCCUCAGCUAACUCUCCAGCGCCAGUCAGUUAUGCUGCAACCACAGGAACCCCACCAGCUGUACAGGUCGACCCUAGUGCGGACACGCUGGUUUCCUCGACUGAAACCUUGCUUAGAAAUAUACAAGGACUCCUUAAGGUCGCGGCUGACAAUGCAAGACAGCAGGAGAGACAGAUUAGUUAUGAAAAAGCCGAACUAAAGAUGGAUGUACUGAGAGAGCGAGAGGUGAAAGACAACUUGGAGAGACAACUACUUGACGAACAGAAAAUGAGAGUGAUGUACCAAAAACGGCUAAAGAAGGAGCGAAAACAACGCCAACACGUUCAAGAACAGCUAGAGAUGGAACUGAAAAGACGACAGAAGAUCGAAGAAGCCCUAAAGCAAUCGGGAGCACCGUCAGAAUUACUCAGAAUUGUUACUGAAACCCUAACAACGCCCUCAUCGCAAGAGACGCCGCGUUCUGAACGCGAGAACGGCUCGGAGAGUAAACCUCCGAGCGCGGAACCACCUGCCUCCUCGCCACCGUUCCAACGAGACCCCCCUCGUACGCCCGAUAAGCCACAAUGGAACUACCCCCCACCACCCGUGGACAUCAUGAGUGGAGGUGCCGCGUUCUGGCAAAACUAUUCCGAGUCAUUGGCCCAGGAAUUGGAGAUGGAACGCAAAUCGCGCCAACAAGCCAUGGAGCGUGACGUAAAAAGUCCACUGUCCGAACGCGCCGGCUACUACAAGAACUCGGUGCUCUUCAGCUCAGCUACUUAGCUACCAAACACCGGGGCGAACGACUUCCCCGACAACCAAGAAUAUGAUAAAGAAGUCGACGAAACGAGAAAACCUAUAAUCAGCGUGAAACCUGAAUUUAGGGAAAAAUGAAACCCAAAGAUUCGGUGCGGAUCAAACAUUAGGAACCUGGAUCUCUUACGGACUUCUAAAGAGGAAUGCUCAGUCUCGUUUGUGUAAAUUGUUCAAUCUUGUUUAUCUGUUUUUCUGGCGUUACGGAUCUCAAUGAAAUUGUACUUCCUUUAUUGAGAUUAAUUUGUAAAUAUUGUUACGAUAUAUAGAAGUAAGAACGUAGAUUUCGUGGUACAUGGCGAAGUCUCAUUGACUCUUCUUCCAUAGUGAAAUUUGUAAAUAUUUCUUAUAAUUAUUAAUUAUAAGUCAAUAACGGUUAUAUCGGCGAUUCGAGUUAUUUAAUAUGUCAACAUUUUAAUAUUUUAUAAAAGUACCUUUAAACUUAUCAUUAAAUGCCAUAUUUAUGUAUUAAGCAUCGAUAUUGUUUACUUUUUGUAAAUGUAUAAAGUUUUAGCGUUCCUGAUUAUUCAUAAUUUGUACCUACGCACAUAUCAGCAUCAUUUUAAACGAAUUUGAAUAGAGGAUAAUAUUGGAAUUGAUAUAAGACUUUACGAGAACUUUUUCUGAAUUUCAGAAAGAGUAUAAACGACAUGUUCCGGUAUCAUGAAAUGUUUCCAAAACGUCGAUUAAAUUGCAAAUAAGUAGGUACACUACAUUUUACAAGUAACUGUAUAUAGAAUUGUUUAAUAUUACUACGGUGAUUUUCACUGUCGUAUAAUUUAUUCAAAUUAGUGCAAUGAGUAGAUGUAACUAAAGGUAACUAGUGUGUCUCAUAAACAAUAAGAAUGUACGAUAGUUAAGUUAGUGGUUUCAAAAUUAUACAUUUUUAUAAUUACAUUUUAUUGACUGAACACAGACAACUGUUUAUCCUGUUUUGCAAUGUACAAUGUAAUCUAAGUGUUUUCUUUACAUUUCAUUACGUAGAUGCUGUGUAAAUAAUUAUUAACCGCGUACUUCGUAUCCAUAACGCAUAGUCGAUGUGUAUGGGUAGUGUCCUUACUAUAAGUGCAUUAGUUUUAAAUAUAUACAUAAUAAAGUAUAAAAUAGUGUUAUUUAUAUUGAUGCUUAGUUUACUGAACGACUUUGAAUGUCUAAAAUAGUUAAUAUAAGAUUUAGAAAUUGUAUUUGGCGUAAUAUUGGCGCUUGGCUAUUAAACUAUUGCAAGUAAUGCAGACACAUUUUUUGCCCAUAAAUAUCUUGGAUUCAUUACAAAUGUGUUAAGUAUGCUAUCGUCGAACGAUCUUAAAGUCAAUUGAGGCCAUGUAAGAAACGAAGUGCGUAAUAGUCUAGCGCCGAUCGUAACGUUCGCUUUAUACAAUCAAAAUCACAUUACUUCUAACGAAUAAUGUGACGUAAUGAUUAAAUUUAGUUGUUAAUAUAAAUGUUUAGCUGAACAUGUGUGGUUGUGUAAAGAGAGUGAAUGUGGUACUUUUGUAUCAUUUACAUUUUUUCCUGCAAUAUCCUUUGACAAUAUUCACAACUGGGCGUUUGACAUCCACAAUUUAUUAUCAUGACCAUCAAACUCAGUGUCGUCUAUAGUAGAUAUAAUUACGUUUAUCAGCCGAGGCUUCUUAUUGUAUCUAUAUUUAUUAUAAUUUGAUUAUAGUUCGCAAUCUUGAAUGCAAGUAUUAUUAUUUAUUAUUUUUAUUAUAAUUACUAUUAAUUUACUUAAAAUUGUGUGUGUGCCUUGUAUCGUAGAUGAAAAU